CCUCCUUCUAUUCUUCCAUUGGGAUCUUUGACUUUCUUGGACAUGUCAGAAAAUCGAAUUCGGGAUGUUCACGAAGGUGUACACUUGCUCUCAAGUUUGCAGGAUCUUCACAUGGAAUAUAAUAACAUUUCAAUUAUUCCACCCAACCUUGGUCGACUGUAUCAAUUAAAAUGCCUUCAUCUGCAACACAACGAAAUUCAAGAUAUUAAAAAUUCCACGGGCACACUAACAAAUUUAACUGACUUGGAUAUGAGUCACAAUAAGCUGAUUAAAAUUGGGCCAGAUUUUCGAGGGAAUAAGAAUCUUACAAGAUUGAACAUUUCAAACAAUAGAAUAUUGCGGUUGCCUGCCGAAAUAGGAAUGCUAGAGCGAAACUUGACAAGUUUGUCCUUGUCCAAUAACAGGAUUCAAUCUUUGCCUUCUAAUAUAAGUAAGCUAAGCAACUUGACCAAACUUUGCAUCACAGCAAAUCACGUAGAGAAACUGCCCGAUGCGAUCGCGCACCUUACCUCGUUGUCACAUCUGGAGGCUGACAAUAACAAAGUUGUGACGUUCCCGAAAAAGCUUGGAAAUCUAGCAGGAAUGAAGGUUCUUUCCUUGAACCAUAAUUUUCUAGAUUCGUUACCCGCGGAUAUUUAUCACUUGACUAAAUUGCAGAUUCUCGACAUGUGCAAUUUUAUGUUGGACACUGUGCCAAAGGAAGUUUUCCAGAAGUUGAAUUUGGAGAAUCUUUACCUUUCCGGAAAUAUCCUGAACAACAUCGACAAGAAUAUAGGAAUGUUGGUCCAUUUGAAACAGAUAUUUUUAGUUCAUAACAGGCUGAAGGAUCUUCCAGCUUCGUUUGGAACCCUCGUUGAUUUGCAGCUUCUCAUGUUGGACCAUAACAGAUUCUCAAUUAUCCCACAAUGCAUUUUCAAACUCAAGAACUUGCUCAAGUUGACAAUUUCCUUCAAUGAUCUGAAGGGUGAACUCAGUCCAGAGGUCGGAUCUCUUCAGCUGCUGGAGAUUUUGUGGUUGAAUAACAAUUCUCUUGAUGUUCUGCCAGAUGACAUCGGCAAAUGCCAUAAUCUAAAGGAGAUGUGUCUAAAGCAUAACAGAUUGUAUCAUCUUCCAGAAACCAUGAUGUUUCUUAGUGGCCUGAGGUUGCUUGACGUAUCUUACAACGCUCUCUCUACUUUAUGUCUACCACAACAACUCGGAGCCUUGACUGCUGUGCAGGAACUCAUGCUUGAAGGAAACAUGAUAGAUGCCACCGAGAUUGACUCAAUACCAACUCCAAUUUUUCAAAUGUCGCACCUUGUCAGCUUAUUUCUAGCAGAUAAUCAGUUGAACGAGAUCCCAGAAAGUAUUUCACUUCUUACCAAUCUAGUAACGCUUGACAUAUCUCGAAAUUUUCUUCACUCCCUCCCCAGUGAGAUGAUCCACCUUUCGCUUGAGUUGACAAACCUGAAUCUGAGCGUGAACAAGAUCACUAGGAUUCCUCUAUCGAUACAGAACCUGACUAAUCUUCAAUCUUUGGAUUUGUCAAAGAAUGAUUUGACGCUGAUUCCUGCUGAAAUCUCGAGAUGUACGGCACUCACAAGUAUAGAGUUUGAGCAAAAUCAAAUACGAUUCUUGCCGAAGGCUAUUGGAGCUCUGAAGAAUUUGAGAACAUUGAAUCUCAAGAAGAACUCUCUCACUUCCUUGCCAUUAUCUUUGUCCGACAUACCGAAUCUGUCUAAUCUAGAGAUUGACCAUGUGCUGAACAUCAAUAAUCUUGCUUUGCGCAGCGUGCCUCAAGAAGUGGGAGAUUUGGUCACUUUGAAAAUCUUGAACAUUUCUAAUAAUCAAAUUGUUGAAAUUCCAGUAUUUUUCGCACAACUU